UCCAUUUCGCCAUUUUCUUCCUCUCCACCAGCGAUUAGCACCCUUUCGGAUUCGUGACCAUCUCUUGGGCUCUGCAGGACCUGUCAACGUAGAGUAGUCCCUCUUUAGAGCCUAUACAUUUACAUUAAGACCUUCCUUCCUUUCUGUCCUUAGUUUUUAGUGUCCUAAACGCACCGAAGAAUGUCCGCCCAGAGCCCCGAGUACUCUCCCUUCUUCGCAGUGAUGGGUGCCUCAGCAGCAAUGGUGUUCAGUGCAUUGGGUGCUGCAUAUGGGACGGCCAAGAGUGGCACGGGCAUUGCUGCCAUGUCAGUGAUGCGGCCAGAGCUGAUCAUGAAGUCUAUCAUUCCUGUGGUCAUGGCAGGUAUCAUCGCCAUCUACGGCCUGGUGGUGGCUGUUCUCAUUGCCAACAACAUCUCUGAAAAAGUCUCACUCUACAAGAGUUUCUUGCACCUUGGUGCCGGGUUAAGUGUUGGUCUGAGUGGUCUAGCUGCUGGCUUUGCUAUUGGUAUCGUGGGUGAUGCAGGAGUCCGAGGAACAGCCCAGCAGCCUCGCUUGUUUGUGGGUAUGAUCCUCAUCCUCAUUUUUGCUGAGGUUCUGGGGCUCUACGGGCUUAUUGUCGCUCUUAUCCUCUCCACCAAGGGUUAAUUGUUGCUCUUAUUCUCUCUACAUAUGAACAACCACACAAGCACCAACACAAACAUCCUCCUAAUGAAACACAUAACUUCACCAGAAACGAUGAGAGAGGAAUAUAUGUGUGCAUGUGUGUUCUGUUGUGAGUGUGCUGUUUGCAAGUGAAUGUGUGAUUGAAUUCUCUCUAUGUAUAGUAGCCUGAUGUGUGUUCCCCCUGUAAAUGCGCUGUGUAGCUGUUGCUCUUGUCCUGUGUGUUUAGAUAGAUGCCCUCUUUCUCCUAAGCUACACCUGCUUGUCAUCUUUUUUUGUCAUAAUUUUAUUCUUAUUUGAAGAACAAAUCAACUGUUUAUUUGUUUUGUUUGUUUCAUUUUCUCACUUUUGGGACCAUUCAAAUUCAGACACUGAUGUUGAGGACCUAAAUGUAAAAAAAGAUGGAUUAUUGCUGUUUGUUUGUUUUUGUUUUCUGCUGAUUAUUUAUGAAAAUGUUCAUUAAACAGUUUAAAUGGAUUGAAGUCUUUAUUGAAAUCCUGAUUAUCUAAAUACAACAUGUGAGUGUGUGUGUAUAAGAAAAUAUAUAUCUGUAUAGGUAGGUGAAUUGCACUGUGGGAAAUUUGUGGAGGCUGAUGUCUUAAUCAAGGUAUUGAUGUGCAAGUUUACUAAGUGUGUGUGAACCGAAUGUAUGCACACGUAUGUUUGUGAGUGUGUGUGUGUGCGUUUUAAAUCUUGACGUAACAUUCUUCAGACGUGUAGCGUGUUACCUGUAGUUAAUACUGUUUCUGGUGCCAUUAAGUAGUGAACACCAGCGCAGCUUGUCCAGUUUCCAAAUAAAACUUCCUCAACCUA